AUCCAGAUUCUCUAUCCUGAAUCUGUGUGAUGGAUCCCUGACUAGCCAUAGUUGGCCUUAGACAAAUUAGGGUCAGCCUGUAUUUCGUCGGCCACGCGACCCACUCUAGAACGCGCAUCGGAUGCGCAAAUGGUUUCGCCGAACGAUCUCUUCAUAUGCCUAAGUGUCGCCUACGUGUCUCGCUCGUGACAUUCAACGACUAGGCAAGCUGGAGUGAACUUCCCUCAUGUCCGUCAUCCAUCGUAGUAAGCCGGCCGGCUGUAGUAGUAGCCGUGACAUUUUCGCCGCGCGAACGCCAUUCCCAGCGAUGGGUUCGCAGCAGCCUUUUGAGUCGACUGAAAAGUCAGCUCGUAGUAGUAGUAGCCAAGACAGUUCCGUAGGGCGAACGCCUUUCCCAACGAUGGCUUCGCAGCAGCAAUCCACAGGGCCGGUCGCUCAGCCUCCGAAAGGCCUCUUCCUCGCGCUGCUCGCGUUCAGGCUGAUCAACAGCCUCGCAGUGCAGACGUAUUUCAACCCGGACGAGUUCUGGCAGGGGCCAGAGGUGGCGCACCGCAUGGUGUUCGGCUAUGGCUACCUGACAUGGGAGUGGCAACCCGAGUGGGCAGCUCGGUCGUUCCUCCACCCGAUGCUGUUUGCUGCUGGUUACCAGCUGCUGGCUCUGUUACGUUUCGACACUCCCUGGCUCGUUCGCCACUCCCCCCGAUUCAUCCAGGCCAGCAUAGCAUCAGUGGCUGACCUGCGUCUCUACGUGCUCACUCAAAGGCUCUUCCCGUCCAACCCCUCUGCUGCUGCAUGGGCGCUCGCCUGCAACCUGUGCUGCUGGUUCCUCUUCUUCUGCGCCACACGCACCUUCUCCAACUCCCUGGAAGCGUCUCUUGCUGUCAUCGCCCUCUCCUUCUGGCCCUGGCGCCGCUUGCAGCGGGUGCUGCAGGGAGGAAGGGAGGGUGGUGCACAGGGGAGGGGUCAGGAAAAGCAGGAAGAAGACGGUUCUGUAACUCAUUCGGGCUCUAACAUUGUCACCAAUCCUGGAGCCAAUCGACCGUUAGCCCUGGCUUUGGCAGCAGCAGCGUGCAUGGUUCGCCCCACCAGCACGCCCUUCUGGCUGCCCCUAGGCCUGCACGAGCUUCUGUUGCUGCUGGUAGGGGGGACGUUGAAGGGAGGAAAGAAGAGCAGAGGCGGAUGGGAAUGGCUGUGGCUGCUGGUUCUAGAGGUGCUGCCUAUCGGCGUGACAGCUGUCGCGAUCUCAGUGGCCAUCGACAGCUGGCAGUACGGCCGGCCAAUGGUGUUCACCCCUCUCAACCUCCUCCAUUUCAACAUACAUCUCAAGGGCUCCAGCCUUUAUGGCAGCAACCCCUGGCACUGGUACUGGUCGCAGGGCCUCAUAGCAAUGCACGCCAGCUUCUUCCCCCUCGCAUGCCUCGGCCUGCUCUGGUGUUCCUCCUUCCAGUCCUCCUCCUCCUCCUAUAACGCACCUCGUUAUAAAAACACGAGAUGGUUGCAGAAUACUCUACAGCACAUGCAGCAGUGCCUUAUAUGGUGCUCUGUGCGCCUGCCCUUCCUCCUGGCUCUCUGGCUGCCGCUCUUCUACUCCUUCUCAGACCACAAGGAGCACCGCUUCAUCCUGCUCUCCCUCCCUCUUCUCAACACAUACACUGGCCUAGCCCUCUCUCUCCUGCAGUCAUGGCUCACCACCACCAACCCCGCAUCUAACAACCACAACACCACAGUGGACAGCAACCCUCUCACUUUCAGCCAACCCAAAACAUCUAAUUCCUCUCGAACGCCCAACCCUUCUCAAACGCCCAGCUCAACCCAAACAUCCAAUUCAACCCCAGAAUGCAAUCCAUCGCAUUCCAACCCAGGGAGCCAAGCCUGGCGCGCCUUCCUCGCCCCCUUCCUCCGCCCCUGGUCGCCCCUCUUCCGCGUGCUCCUGCUAGCAGCCUUCCUCCCCCACCUCCUCGCCGCCCUCUACCUCUCCACCACCCACCAGCGUGGCGCCGUGGCAGUGAUGCCAUUCCUCUCAAGGGAAAUAAAUGAGAUCCUGCAGAAACGCACGAUGAUUAGUGGCGCGUUGGGAACUGACUCUGUGAAUAGUGGCAGUUCAGGAAUCGACACUCUGAAUAGAGGUCGUAUUGAGGGACAGGGAGCAGACACAAUUGGGGGUGGGGAAGGGCUGCAGAGGCAGAUGAGGAGAGGAGCACGGAAAGGGGAGAAUGGGAGUCUAUUUUUGAGGCGCCUCAAAAAAGGGAGGGGCGUGGAGGUGUUGUUUUUGAUGCCAUGCCAUUCCACUCCUUUCCACUCGCACAUUCACGACCUCGCUGCUAGGCUCACUAUGCUCUCAUGCGCCCCCACCAUCACAUCCCAUCCCAAUGGCUCAAUAACGGUCUCCCGUGAAACAGAAUUCGAAGACAUGCUCUCCGACCCACACGCCUUCCUCGCUGCUCGGUACUCUCUCCAUCCAUCUACCCGUGGAUGCGCACUCGCUGCUACUGAUGGUUGCAAGCCUGCUUAUAAAGGGGAUACUGCCCAAGCAGCAAAGGAAGCAGCGCCUUCAGUCUGUGAAGCUGAAUCAAAUAGAGGAGGCAUGUGCUUGGAGCAAAAACAAGUGGAUCAUGGAGUCGGGGAAAGGGAGCUGCCGGAUCUGGUGGUGGCAUUUGACACAGAGGAGAAUCUGCUGCUGCCGUUUCUCGAAUGUGCCGGUUACAAAGAGGUGGCAAGAUUCUUUCACGCACACUUUCCUGUGGAUAGAGAGCUACAAGGGCAUGUGCUAGUGUAUCGAAAACAUUUGGUAUUAUGGUAGAUAUUCCUCGCCAUGGAGUCCUAUGAGCACAACAAUUGUAAUUGUUGUUGUGAUAUUAUUGGUACUUAGCAUUUCUGUAAGUCGAUUAAGUGUAGUUAGUGUCGAAUCAUACUGUAGAAGAUAAGUCCGUAAGUAUGACGUCAGCAAAUAGCGCUCGUCAUAGGACAGUCAUUUCAGUCACGCGAACAGUCGCAUCUCUUCAUUAUCAUCUAGAGCGCAUAGCGCGAUAGUGACGAAUAGGUACUUUUCCUACAACUAUAAAUUCUUGUUAGUCGAUUAAGUGUAGUUAGUGUCGAAUCAUACUGUAGAAGAUAAGUCCGUAAGUAUGACGUCAGCAAAUAGCGCUCGUCAUAGGACAGUCAUUUC